CACAGCUUCAGUCGUGUACCUUCAGAGCAGAGAAAAGGGGAACUAAACGAGUUUCUGCACGCGUGACACAAAUCGGGGACCUGCCCUGGUUUGCAAAACAGCGGUCGGUUUCGGCAAAUUCUAUCGCCAAACAGGUGAAAUCGGGAAGCGACGAACUCAGACGCUCUUAUCCAGAGCGACGUACAACAAAGUGCAUACCCAUAACCAGGGAUAAGUUCGCUGAAAGACCCUAGAGUUUACAGAAUAUUGCUGCAUUCAGGUCACACAGGAGAAAGCCUGAAAUGAGCGGAGGAUUCCCCAUGGGGAGGUCAAUUGGAGCUCCUGCUUGAGGUUCAUUUUUCUGCUGCUCUGAGCAUAUAUGGCACAGUGGAAGGAAAUGAAGAAAGAUGAGCUGGAGAGGCAGUAUUCUCCUAGUCGGUGGUCACAUAGGAUGACAGCUGACGAUGUGAUAAAGGCCCAUGUGGCAUCUAUGAAAGAAGGUACACAGAGGGCUCACAGCGUGGCUAAAACCCUGCUGGACAUUCCAUACGGAGAGGCAGUGGGGGAAAAGAUGGAUGUCUACAUGCCCACCACUUGCCCCUCCCAAGGUAUUCCCCUAGUUGUUUUUAUCCAUGGAGGUUACUGGCAGUUUUUAAGCAAAGAGGAGUCUGGUUUCAUCGCUGUGCCUCUGGUACAGAGGGGUGUGGCCAUGGCUGCUAUGGAUUAUGACAUUGCCCCGAAAGGAAAUAUGGACUUGAUGGUAUCUCAGGUGCGGCGUAGCAUAGUGUCCCUUGUUCAGCAGUUUUCCAAUAUCAGUGGAGUAUACCUGUGUGGACACUCUGCAGGGGCUCACCUGGCUGCUAUGGUCCUCUGUACUGAUUGGUCCCAAUAUGGAAUCACGCCUCAAAUCAAAGGUGCUUUCCUUGUCAGUGGCAUUUAUGAUCUUCUUCCCAUCCUCUCCACCUAUGUCAAUGGACCCCUAAAGAUGACCGAGGAAGUGGCUCUGAGGAAUAGCCCCAUCUGCCUUAUUCCUGAGCUGAAGCAUUCAUCCUCUGCUUGCCACAUUGUGAUUGUCGUGGGUCAGCACGACUCUCCAGAGUUCUGGAAGCAGUCAGAUGACUUUUUCAAGGCUUUGAAGUCCUCUGAUCUAAAGGUGACUUUUGAGGAUGUUCCCAAUACAGAUCACUUCAGUGUCAUUGAGCAGUGUGUGGACAGUGACUCUCACCUUACACAGCUCCUGCUCAAUAUGAUGGGGGAAUGCUGAAGAUAUGACAGAUGGAACCUGUGCAUUUUCCCUUCAUGAUAAAAAUGUGCAGUCCUCAUGUGAUUGCACAUUUUCUGUCUUGAUGCCAGGCAGAUGCUGAUUAUCAAGAUGCAGGCCAUUCUGUGCACUGUAUUGCUUUAUUAACAUGAAUGAUUGAUUUUAGAACCUGAUUUCUCUCUUUCUUUUUUCCCUUUUGGACCUCUGAUGUGUGUAAAUAAUGGACUGUGGAAAAUACAUGAGUUGAUCGAUAAUGCUUUCUCUGCGUUGAAAAAGGGACUUGUUUGUACACUGCUCAAAAAAAUUAAGGGAAAACUAAAUCAUCACGUUGAUUUCAGUUAAACUUAAGAGAUAUCAAUCUGUCCAUUUAGGAAGCACAAGUGACUGUGAAUCAAUUUCACAUGCUUUGGUCCAAAUGAAAGGGACAACAGGUGCAGUGGAGAUGCAAAAGCAAGACAACCCCCAAAAAGGAAAUGGUUUUACAUGUGGUGUCCACAGACAAUUACUCUCUCCUUAUCCUUCCUGACUGAUUCUUGUCUAGUUUUGUGUUCUGCUAGUGUCCUUGUCACUACUGGUAGCAUGAGGUGGUACCUGCAGCCCAAUCAGGUUGCACAGGUAGUCCAGAUCCUCCAAGAUGGCACAUCCAUACGUGCGUUCGCAAGAAGGUUUGCUGUGUCUCCCAGUACAGUCUCAAGAACCAGGAGACCGGCCGUUACACAAGGAGAGCUGGACAGGGCCGUAGAAGGGUAUCAACCCAGCAGCAGGCCCUUGAGCAAGGCCCUUUACCCUGCAUUGCUCCAGGGGAGGAUUGUCUCCUGCUUAGUCUAAUCAACUGUACGUCGCUCUGGAUAAGAACAUCUGCCAAGUGCCAUUCAUGUAAUGUAAUGUAAUGUAAUGUAAUGUGGGAGGCAUAUCCUUGGAGGGUCACACAGACCUCCAUGUCAAAGCCAAUGGUACCCUUACUGCUGUUAGGUACUGGGAUGAAAUCUUCAGACCGAUUGUCAGACCUUACGCUGGUGCAGUGGGCCCUCGGUUCCCCCUGGUGCAGGACAAUGCCCGGCCUCAUGUGGCCAGAGUGUGUAGGCAGUCCCUGUAUGAGGAAGGCAUUGAUGCCAUUGACUGGCCCUCACGUUCCCCUUACCUAAAUCCAAUUGAGCACCUAAUUGAGGGACGUUAUGUAUCGGUGCAUCCAACUCUGCCAAGUACCGCCACCUGGAUCAGCUCACUGAUGCCCUGAUCCAGGUCUGGGAGGAGAUCCCCCAGGACACCAUCCGCCGACUCAUCAGGAGGAUGCCCAGACGUUGUCGGGAGUGCGUACAGGCAUGCAAGGGCCAUACACACUACUGAGUCACAUUAUGAGUUGCAGUGACACUACAGUCUGAUCAGCCUGUGAUUUAAAUUUUUUUCUUUGAUUUUCGGUGUGAUUUUGAAUCCAGCCCUCAAUGGGUUGAUGAUUUUGGUUGCUUUGAUUUACGUUAUUUUGUUCUCAACAAAUUAUACAAUGUACAUCAGUAAAAAUUUUCGACUUAAAUAAAUCGUUCAUCAAGA